UCCAAGGCAACUGAAAAUGGCGAUGCAUAUCCCUAAACCCCCGGGCUUUGCCCAAAUGCUUAAAGAGGGAGCCAGGCAUUACUCAGGCUUGGAAGAAGCAGUUUACAGAAAUAUAGAAGCUUGUGGAGAGCUAGCAAAGACAACGCGAUCAGCCUAUGGCCCCCAUGGGCAAAACAAAAUGGUCAUCAAUCAUUUAGAAAAAUUAUUUGUAACAAAUGAUGCAGCCACAAUACUAAGGGAGUUGGAG